UCUCAGCGCAGAGCCACCGCCAAGGCCGGCCGCCGCCUCCUCCCUGGAGCACAGCUGGCUCCCCUCCACAUCUGGCGCUUGGGUGGCCCCUGCUGGAGGGACUUUGGGGCCCUCCCUGAAGACUCCUGCAUGGCUCUGGGGGGGAGGAGGAGGAGGAGGAGGAGGAAGGGGCCAAGAGGGCUUUAGGCAGGGAAGGAGCCUGCCCCACUCUCUGCUCUGCACAGCCCCAGCCAGGCAUCACUCACUGGGAGGAGAAUUGGAUGAUUUGGCUAUCGGUUCAUCCCAACCCUACAUUCCUGGUGCUGUGCGGAAGUGUGGUGUCCUAUGCUGCUCUCACAGGAAACAAGUAAAAAGCUGAACUGAAUUUCAGAAGUGACAGGGCUGGCUGCUGCUGUUGAAGACAUCACAGAUUUCCCAGUGGCUGAAGAGUGAUUCAAGCUUAGACCAUGCCUGUCCCUCCUCCUCCAGCACCUCCACCUCCACCAACCUUUGCUGUGGCAAAUACAGACAAACCUUCCUUAAACAAAUCAGAACAAGCAGGUCGGAAUGCUCUUCUUUCAGAUAUUACCAAAGGGAAAAAACUUAAGAAAGCUGUUACCAAUGAUAGAAGUGCCCCAGUCAUUGAUAAACCUAAAGGAUCGGGCAGUGGAGGGAGUGGCAGUGGCUUCACCAGCGGUGGUGGCGGUGGUGGCAGCGGUGGUGGUGGUGGUCUUGGUGGCGGCAGCAAUAGUUAUGGUGGAGGUGGUCCUCCUGGCUUGGGAGGUCUUUUCCAAGCAGGAAUGCCAAAACUUAGAUCAACAAGCAGGGAUAAUGAUUCUGCAGGAAACAGGGCUCCAGUAUUUCCACCAGGAGGACGAGCAACAUCUGCCAAGCCCUUCUCACCCCCUGGUGGCAUAGGCCGCUUUCCAGGCCCUUCUCCCAGCCAAAGAACUCCAGCUCUGGAACCACAGAGAAGCCGAAUGCCUCCCCCAAGACCCGAUGCUGGGUCCAGACCAGACACAGGUGCCCCUCCUGUGCCAAAUACUCCACGUCCUGUCCCAUCAAGUCUGUACAACCGAGGAGCUCCUCCUGUGCCAGGAGCAAGCAGGCAAGCCAGUUUGGGGAUUACACCCUCACCUUUCCCAGGAAACAGAUUUGGAGGAUCCAUGCGCCAGGCAUCGCCAAGCAUCCCUGCUUCUUCUUCUUCUUCUUCCUCAAACAGGCCUCCUCUUCCUCCUGCGCCAGGCAGGCCAACAGAAGAUAAGCCACCUCCACCACUGCCCCCAACAGGAAACAGGCCUUCUCUGAACAGAGAACCUUCCCUGCCCCCUCCUCCACCUCAGAACAACAAGCCUCCAAUACCUUCAACGCCUCGGCCAUCCUUUGGGUCUCCAGUCCCUCCUCCUCUGCCGCCCAGUAGGCCAGGCCCACCUCCAGUUCCACCCAUGUCUGGUGGAAACGAUGAAAUGCCACGUCUUCCUCAAAGAAAUAUAUCAUUAGCCUCUUCUGCUGCACCAAGUCUGCCCAGUUCUGGUCGGUCUGGGCCUCUACCACCUCCACCAGGUGAGAGGCCACCACCACCUGUGAGAGACCCACCCAGUAGAUCAGGAUCCCUUCCUCCCCCACCGCCACCAAUAAGCAGAAAUGGUAGCACUUCACGGGCACUGCCUGCUACUCCACUGCUUCCUUCCAGAGGGGGAUUUGAUAAACACAGAAGUGGACCAGUUCCUCCACUUCCUCCUGAUCGGCCUGGUUCUGGAGCUCCACCACCACCACCACCACCCUCAUCAGCCAUGCGAAAUGGCUUCCAGGAUUCUUCCUGUGAGGAUGAGUGGGAAAGCCGCUUUUCCUUCCAUCCUCUGUCUGACUUGCCACCUCCAGAGCCUUAUGUGCCCAUGAACAAAAGCUAUCCCAGCAAACUGGCAAGGAAUGAUAACAGAAGUGGAUCCAGCCGUAGAGAAAGAGGCGCUCCCCCACUUCCACCUAUACCGAGGUGAAACUGGUUUCCGCUCUCCUUCAGGAUGACAAUUUUAAAACUUUUCUUAAACAUCUCUAUGCAUCUGGUGUUUUCAGAAGGCUUCUUCCUCUCCUUCAGCACUUUUGAACACAGAUUCCACCUCCAACUCAGUUUUCAGAUCCAGCCAGCAGAAUCCACAUCAAUGUAUUUCUCCUUAAUCUCUUUGAAUUCAACUAGACUUGAAGUGCUUGCUUUCUUAGUUUAUUAAAUAAUAGAUGUGUUUAGGCUAGUCUCCAUUAUGUGGAAUUAGCUUGUAGUGGUAUCAGUGGAGAUUGCUUCCAAUAAGGUGCUUUAGAGCUAGGCAAGGAUAUAUUGUUACCUAUAAAUCUGUUUUGAAAGACAUAUUGGUGGCCAUACAUAUCACACAUGGGAUGAAAUUUUGUUGGUUGGUCCUAAUUAUAGUAGUCCAUUGAAACAACUACUGAAUGGCUAGUCAACAUGAUUCAAUGGAUCUGCUCUCGUUGAGGUUAACAAUAGAAUGUCUCUUCCUAUUCAUAGUCAUAGUCCAUGAGAGCAAGGGUGCCAGCUAGUGUUGUAGUGAAGGGGCAGUUAAUGUUUUAAGGAGCUCAAGUCCUCCUGAAGCAUAACUUCUUUGGGAGUACCUCCCAUUGGUAAACCGCUGCAUAUUUCUAUGUGAAAAUUCUGUACUAAAUUUGCCUUCUGGGUAUAGUUUCAAACAGUGAUCUGUAUGAUAUUAUUGAUCAAGCUGAAUCAGUGAAUUUGACUAUUGAAAACCUAUGAGGCACAAUAGUCCACCUUGGCAAUAAUUGCACAACAAUCUACAUUGUGUUUGUAAUAAUUUUAGCCCUCCAGAGACCAGCUCUGCCUCCAAUUGCUGUAACACUGGUAGCAGUUUUCACAAGUCCACAGAAAUUUCCCAUGCACUUGUCCAGGGUAACAUGCACAUCAGCCUGCAAGCCAUGUUGGGCGGAAAAAGAAGUCUUGUGGCAGCUUUAGUAUUAACCAGCUUAUUUUAGAAUAAGCCUAUGCACUGCUUAAAUCUGAAAAAGCAGACUAUAGUCCAUGAAACCUUAAAAUUGAAACAAAUGGCAUAGUCUUAAAAGAAGACACCUUUCUCAUUUGCGAUUAAACCAGACAAACAUGGCUAUCUGAAAAUCGCUAAACUGUAUGUGGGGGAACUGCAUACAUAGUUAGAUGCUGCAUGCGCAGUUCCCUUCCUCACUCCCCAUCAAAGCUCAAGAGUAGGUCAUUACAAAUAAUGAAUUACUCAUAUGAUUAGCUCCCCUUUGUAAGAAUUAAAUAUAAUAAAUAUGGAAAGGGAUCUUGUAGAACUUUUGAGACCAACUGAAAGAAAGAAGCUGGUAACAUGAACAUGCGUAGACUUAAGUUUACUUCUUCAG